CCAGAAUCUUCCAAAAAUUUCUUGACAUUCAAAACAUAGACAUGGCUUCAAAUUCUUCUUCUCAAUCAAGCCAAGGAACUGGCGGUAAGUUUCUACAGUUAUCUCGGUUUUUAUACUACAACCAUGUCCCAAGGGUAUGUUAAAUGAAAUUAGGGGCAAAGCUACUGAUGAGAAGACUGUUAGAGACAGGACAGAUGCCAGAAGUUGCAAAUUAAGUACUGUAUUAAAAUACGCCGUCAAAAAUACUCUUGCGAUGUCGUAUGCAAGUCUAGGCAAAAACUCCGAGCAAAAAAAUUGAUAAACCGAAAAAACUUUCAUGAGCGAUUAUUAAAUAGCUGCAAAAUCAAUGAGGUUUACAUCUUCCUGCAAAUGUAAAACAUUCCUUUACGGCCUCGCAAUACCAAAACAAUUCUUUCCUGCAUUUUGCAGGUUCAAAAGAAAACCUUCAGAAUAAAUAUAUUUCCGGGAAAAAUGACGCGGCAUAUCAGUUCCUAAACAGGGCGUAAAAAAUUUACCGUUUCCGAGAAAUCAGGCGUUUCUAGCCCUUUCUAGCCCACUGAGAGUUCUUGGAAAGAACUUCCGCUUCUUUCUGACGUAAUGGCAGACAACUCAAAAAUUAUUUUCAUUGUAUCGUAUCGCUUCAAUACUUCACCGGCGUUCUUUACAAAGCUAGUGAUAUUCCAGAUGGAAUUCCUUUCUUGCUAAUCCUGUGUCAGAUCGACAAUUUAUUUUUUUUUUGUCAGCCAUCUCCGUGGCCAGCUCGCUCACAAAUCAGCAUAAAAUAAAUAGCACACCUGUAAGGAAUUAACGCAACAAAUAACAGCGAAAGGUGAAAAAUAUUACAAGCAUUAUGUUUACUCUCACGGUAGAUAUCUUAUACCUCACGGGAAUCUGUGCCUGCAUUUCACCUAUUUCUUAAUUAAAUUUGUGGCAGUUAGCAAGCUCUUCUGCAAGAUUCAAGAUUAAAUUGGGAAAUGUUUAAGGUGUCACAGUGCAACUGAAUGUCUGUUAAAUUAUUCAUAAAUUUAAUGUUAAAGGACCUUAGCUUAUAUGUCACGCCAGUCAGUUUAUCCACAAGCCGUCGAUUUUUUUGAGCUGUUUUUAUCUGUUCAUUUUUUAUUUUGAGAAUUUCUUACCUUACAUCUGACGUUUGCCGUAAACGUGACUCUAAUUACACACCGAAUCGCACCCAGCUGACGCGCGCUCAAUAUAAACUCGUUCACGGGCUCUUCUCCUUCCCGUCCCCCACUUUCCAGAAAGAACCCGUUACAGUGACAUGGGCAUCCUCGCGUUUUGGGCAUCCCCUUCUCAAAUUACCUUAGCGAUUUGGGUUAGGGUGAGGGUUACAGGGGAUGCCCAUAUCAUUAGGGUAAUGGAAUGGGGAUGUCCAAAACGAGGGCAUGCCCACACACUGUGACACCGAAUUCGCUACUGAGUACAGUGGAACCUCUAUUCAGAAGACACCUUCGACCGAUGCAAGUGUACUUUGAAUAGAGGUUGGGUUGGGGUUUGUAAAUAAUUAACCAACGAAGACAUUACCUUAUCGCUGAGACAUUAUAAGUUGAGUUUACACUGCAAGUGCAGUAAAUUGAAUUAGGUGAGAUAAUUCAGUCUCUGAAAGCUGCCAUCAUUGUGAUCAGUGCACACUUAAAGCUACUUAAAAAUAUCAACCCUCUUUGUGGUCAGUCACGUUUUGAGACCUAGUGCUAAUUAAAGGUGUUCCCUGAAUGGAGGUCAAACCCAGGGGACCCACAAAAUGUGUUCCUUUUCAGGCCGGAGUGUCCCUUCAAUAGAGCUAAGAUUAUGUGAACAUUUUUCCGGGACCGUAUUUUGUGUCCCCUGAAUUGAGGUGUCCUUUGAAUAGAGGUUUCCCAAAGGAGAGGUUUCACUGUAAAGUGAUUUAUCAAGAUACCUUUGCUCACUAGGUUUCGUAACAAGCAUCGAUGCUUGUCAAAGUUGCCGUAAAGAGCUCACAAAGUAUCACAAGCACUGGAGUUGUGAAAACAAUCACAAAACCUGCAAUGACUGUUACAUGGACUUGCUCUUUGAGGCACCUGGAGACGGUGGCAACCAAGAAGAAAUACAGUGUACAUGUGAGGCCGCACUUCUGCGGAUCAAGCCAAAGGUAUCUGGCCAUGGAGAGCACGUCUUUAUUUACGUUGAUGAUUCCAAUAUGUGGAUAGAAGCGAAGAAACUUGCUGCUAAGCAAGGAAACUUCAAAUGCGUAGAAGACCCGAGGUUGCGCAUGGACAUGGGAAAAGUUGCUGAAUUUGUGGCCAAAGGCAGAGAAAUUGCCUGCGAUAACCUGUAUGGAUCAGAACCACCCCCAAUAGACACUGUGUGGGAGAAAUCAAGGAGAUGUGGGUGGGACGUUAUAUUAUCAAAAAGAAGCCUUUUUACCAACAAAGAAAAACAGGUUGACCACAAAAUAGUGAAGGACAUAACCGCUUUGGUGUCUGAUAGAAGCGUCGCCAAAGGAACAAUAAUCCUCGUCAGUGGGGAUGCUGAUCUCAUACCAGCAAUAAAAGAAGGUCUGAGUAAGAAAUGGUCCUUUGAGAUAUGGAUGUGGGACAGUGGCAUAUCAAAUGCACUGAAAAAGCUAAAGGAAGACCAUCCAGAAUUAAUGUUAAUUAGCUCGUUAGAUCCCCACCUAGAAGAUAUCUCUUUUACUAAUUUUGAAUUUAGUGAAAAACAAUUAUCCUCAGAGCAGAACAAUCGAUCUGCAGUUAUAUUGAAUUUCCUUAAAACUGACGCCUGGCAAAGGGACCUAACUGCAAAGUUACGCUGGCCUUUUCAGUUCUGUUGUAUAGGAACAGACGUUGUUCUUGUUUUUUCGCUUGUGAAGCCUAAAGAUGACAAGAAAUUUUCUUCUCAUUUUGACGAAAUAUUUGAACAGCUGCAAAAAGAGUAUCCAGAAAGAGUAGUAAUUUUUCCAGCCUAUCGCCAAGAAGUUCCUAAAAAGGAAAAAAUAUCCUUCACCAACACGUAUGAGACUUUAGAAGAUGCAACUGAUCAACUAAGCCACUUCAGCAGCUAUGAUGACCUUUCUAAAAGUGAACGUCAGGCAGAACAAGGACACCUCGAUCAAGAAAAUGACUUUAACCACAAUGUCACUGACAAUGAAUUUCAAGUUGUCCGAAGUAAACAACGCAAGAAAACCCAAAAGUUUUCCGAACUUUGUGAAUAUAGGUCCCAUUGCAAGAGUGGCUUGAAUUGCACACACCGGCACACCAAGGCGGAAAAGAUUUACUUCAAAAACCCCUUCAAGCACAAAGAAUGUAAGUACAAAACCAGCUGCUGGAGUGGACCAACUAACCGCAAGUUUGCCCACUCUGAUAAAGACAGUUUCUGUCGUCUAUGCCAUAAUUGGGCACACUUGCGGAAGAAGUGUCCAAAGCAGCCCCGUGAACAGUCACCGUCAACUACAAAAUGAAUUGACCUGCCUGUGUUCAGCGAUUGGCAAUUCGGACAAAGAGAAACGGAACCUUAUUUUACCAUGGCAAUAACUAUCUGACUGAUCCUUUCACUGCCAAAGGGCAGCCAGAAAGAAACUUUUUUGAAAAAACAUUAUCCUGAAUUUGACGGCACCAAAUACCCCAAGAGCAAGGCUUCAAGCGUGAGGACGGGACGUUUGUCCACGUGGCCCGCUCCUCGCACUUGAGACGCAACCCGGCACUCUCAUGCUUGCAAAUAAAAGUGUUGCAUGACCCUGGUGCGUUUAUCUACGGCGGCUGCAGGAAAAAUCUGUUUGUUUGUUUGUAUAUUUGUUUUAAUGAAGGGUUUCUGGGGUUUACUGAAAUAGCAGAAAAACGGAUAGUCCCAAAAUAUAUUUAACCAAUCUGACUUUUCAAAUACGUGUUCAGAGCAAGUUUUAGCUGCAUAUUUUCCCAAAAAUCUGUCCCGUCUUUCAAAUUUGAGCUAAUUUGUGCUCAAUCUUUGAAUAACUUUGUUAUAAAUACUACUUUAUUAUCUUCCAUAUUGUUAUAAGAUCAUUCAGUGAAGCUAAAUUCAACAACUAGUAAAGACUAUUUUAAAAUGUUCGUGUCCCAAGCUAGUCAAAACCACAACGCACGCGGUUCUCCGUUUUCGGGGUGCGCAUGUAAGUCAGUCAGGGGCCCCUAAGGGGGAUCCCCACAGGUUUCAAUGUUACAACACAUAUGAAAUUAAAUUCCAGGACUAUUCAAGGACUUCAGGGUGUGUCAUGAGCCGUGGUUCGUAGCACUGUGUCAAACAUAAGUACAAUAAAAGGCAUGACUUACGUUGAC